UUAAAGAGGGGCUUUGAAAUAAAGAAGUCGGGAGUCUGUGGGCGCGAAACAAAAACUAGUUUUGGCUUCCCGCGGGAGCGCUUAAACUGCCGCUCAGCGUGGAGGUGAAACCGCAGCCCAGCGCGCGAGGAGAAGGCGGGUCCAGCUUCCCCUAGAUCGAAGCGGCCGGGCUGAGCGGCAACGGGGAGAGGCCACCACUAACGGCGCCUUUAAACGUGCUCCCUGGCCAGUCCUUGCGAAGUUCGCCAUACAGUUGUCCGGAAGAAGCAUCCCAGGUGCAAAUGCCACAGUGAACAUGCAUUAUAAUUAAAAGAAUAAUUACAGCAUGGCUACAGGAGACUUAAAAGGAAACUUGUGUAAGAUGGAACAAAGACUUCGGCUUAUAAAUUAUCCUACAGAUGUGGAUUAUACAGGGUUGGCAAAGGGUGAUCCAUCUGUGUUUUUGCCAAUCAUCAGUUACUGUUUCACAUCGUUCUCAACAUAUAUUACAGAACUUGUAAUGGAAUCAGGGGUGGAACUUACAGCAAAGAAUGAUUCACGUUUUGUUGAUGCCAUAUAUAAGCUUCUUCGUGAUCAAUUUCAGUAUAAACCAGUCUUGUCAAAACAGCAAUUCCUUCAACAUGGCUUUGCAGAAAGAAAAAUACAGAUUGUUUGUGAUAUUAUUAGUUACAUUUAUAAAAGGCACAAAGAAUUCAGUAACAUUAAUAAGGUAAAAUCCCAAACAGAAAAAAGAAGCCAUUCGGUUAAAUCUCUAGCCCAUGCAAGUUUUCCUAAUCAGCCUGAUACUGUAGCUAUCAGUACUGUGGAUUUGCAGCAGAAACCUCAGGUACAACGUCAUAAAAGUGUAAUUAACAUGCAUAUCCCUGAAGAUUUUGUCAGUGACACACUGAAGGAAGUGAAAGAUUGCGUUGUCAAUAACGUUCAAGUUUUGGACAGUGGCGGUGAUGCCUUGGAUAAUAUAGAUGACCCGGUUGUAAAGAAGGAAAAUGAAGUAGAAGUAUUAAAGAGUCAACUUGCUGAACUACAGCAAAAGUUUCAUACACUGAACAGUGUGGAAGAGAAGUUAGAAACUUUGGAGAAGAAACUGCAAGGGAAAGUUGUUAUAGAAGAGAAUGAGUGGAAUAAUCUUUUGAGUCGUGUCCUCCUCCUUGAAACGCGGCUGUUGCUUCAUUCCAAAACAGCUGACAUUUCUGUAGAAUUUAAUAAUAUGAGGGAAGAAGAUACUUCUAGCAGAAAUAUGACUCCAGUUUCAUCUGAUAAAGAGAAGGUAGAAUUGCCAGAGAGUCUUCAUCAGUCAUCUGGAUAUAGUUCACUGUUAUCUGCAGACCCAUCUCCCAAAGCCAUGGCCGUUAAUGAUAAUGGUGUGUUGGAAGUUUCAAAAGAAACAACAAUACAAAAAAUGGAAAGAAUAAACAAAAUGAUUGAAGAAACUUCUGAGUUGUUGAAGACUUCACGUAACACCUCUUCAGAGUAUUCUACUCCAUUCAGCCAGAUAACUGAAACUAAUUAUGUAUGUCCAUAAACUUAAACAAAAAAAACUCUUUGGAUCCUUUUUUAUUGUUUGGGACUGAAGUUAUUUAAACUAUUCCUUUUUAUAAAUAUAUAUUUUUGUAUAUAUGUGUGCCAUUGAUAUAAGUAUCAUUUAAUUAUAUCUAACCUCAGUAUAUGGUGACAUUAUUACUGUACUCACAGCCUAUUUAUGUAACAAAGUUUGCUAGCUAGUUAAACAAAUACAUUUUUAAAGAACAGGCUCAAUGACCUUUUUUUUUAUCCUGUUGGAAAUACUGCAGCUGGGACUUGCAUAUUGUACCUAAGGGAAAUAUGUAUCUGCCAACUUGACAUCAGUAAAGCGUGCAAGUGUUUUACACAUAUUGUAUACAUACUGUUUUUAACAUAUCUUAAAUACAUACAGAUAUACUUUAAUAUUCAUUCAUGGUCAGAAUAGCAGUGCAUUUCAGCUUUCAGUGACUCUGAAACUGAAAGGCUAUUUUGAUAAAUAAGUUAUUCAAAUACAUAAAUAAGGUCUAGAGAUUUUGACUAGCAAAUGUGUUGAACUUUUUAGUGCUAGAUAACCUGGCACAUUUUAAGAACAGCAGCACAUAUGGAGGCCAUCAAGUCAGUAUAUAAAGAUACACAACACUUUUAUGAUUUGAAACCAUAUAAAAUGACUCUUUGGAGAUUAAAGUUGAUGUAAAACAUCCAUAAAAAUGAUUUAUUUGGGUGUGAAGCAGGAAUUGAGGAGAAGAGAAAAACUUCUUUAAAUUGUUCCAUACUUACCUGUUACAUUGGGAAGUUUUUAAUUAUAAUAUAUUAAUCUUACUUCCAUCAGUUCAUAUGGAAAGUGGUAUUAAAGAUCACAUUUAUCAUUGAAGGGUUUUUAAUGGUAGGAUCUGAAAAUGUGAGAAAGUUUCUUUACAGUAAUUUUGGGGGACAGGGGAGACAUAUAUCCCCUGUGUCAAACCAACUUGUACAGAUUUUGAAAGCUAGCUUAUACUGUAUCUUAACAGUUUCUUAAAAGGAAGAUCUCAAAAGUUAAUCAUAUUCCUAGUUUGUAAAAUUAGACCAUAAUCAUAAUCCUUCUAACUCAGUAUAUCUCUGUUUAGCUAACCACAGUAUAUUAAUAGUAUAAUCCUACUUGAAUCUAAUAUUUUAAGUAAUUAAUUCAAGUUGCUUUUCACAAUACUGGGAUAUUAUUGCCCAACUCAGGAAUUGCAUCAUUAUUUUUAUUUAUGUAUUCAACUAUGUAUAGUUGAAUUGCUAAUAUUCUCUUUAUUUCUGUUGGAAGUGGGAGCAAAUUGGGGAAGUAAAUUUGUUACAUGAAUUUUUUUUUUCUUUAACAAAUUUUCAAUUGGUAAGAAUCUAUGAGCAAACAUUCAGAUUUGACAUCCUGUUUUUUCCUGUUAUUUUGUAAUAUAUGUAAUAACGUAUGCAUUUGUGUUUGCUUAAAAUAGCACAAAAAUAUGAUGUACCUUCUGAAUAACUCUCUUUAGGAUCCCUCAAACCCUAAGGUAUUGGGGUAUUGAUGACACAAGGGCCAUUUCUUUCCAGGUGAACUGUGACACUCUUUCUUUGAGACUCCACCUACCUGGAUAAAUUAAGUAGGUGUGGAUUAGAGAAUUUCCUUGAUUCUAUAAAAUCCUGCAAAAUAACCUUUGAAGAAGAUCUGUUGGAGCCUUUUGAAAGCUGAUAUUAACAUUUUAUAUAUUAUUGCUCCACUAUCAUUUUAAAAUGGCAAUAGUGUGUUGGUUAUUUAUCUACAGUAUUUAUACUUGGUUCAGUUAUGAAAAUUUGCUGGACAGUUUACAACUGAAGUGAAAUAAUUACCUACACAGUUAAAUAGUUAUAAAUAAAUUUUAUAUUGUAAGUCAUUUUUUAGAAAUCCUAUUUGUCUUGAAAAUAUUUUUAAUUAUGUGAAAUUGAUUUAAUUAUGUGAAGUAUGUUUGGCAUGCUUGAUUGGAGAGUUUAUAGCACUAAUUUUUCCCCUUCAAUUACUAUCUGCAUAGUUAACACAUAUAAUCAUAAUUUGGGAGAGUCCCUUCAUUUUCAGGCUUUGGUAUAAUGAGUUAGCAUACAAAAUUCAAAGUAUCUUUUUCUAUUUAUAAUUACAUUCUUCAAGUAAAAAUAUUUCAUUGAAUUUUGCUUAUAAAGAAAAUGUAUAACAGCAUUGCGGUACCACCUUGUGGUACAUGAAAAGUAUAUGUGAAAAAAACAAUAGUUCCUAGGAAGUUUCAUGCAUCAUGUUGCAUGCUGUACAUAUUUUUCUCCUAUGGGUUGUGAGAAUAAUCAUAGUUCCGUUCAUGUGUUAUGAAUAUGAGGAUUAAUUAAUGAAAAGAGAGAAGAUAAAAAGAAUGAAGCAAACAAAAAAGCUACUUGUGCAUCUCUUAAAUACUAAAAAGUACUCAUCCUAGAUACAUGAUGUUAACAUUUAAAUGACAUGCACACUCCUGAUGGGUUCCUUUUUUUCCCCCCUAUGUGUGAGAAUAGCAAUCUCAACUUGCAGAUCCUUUUCCCAUCUUGCUCCCACACUUAAUCCUUAAAACUCUUCUUUUUUCAGGUCUUUUGUGAAUUUGGAAGAACAUUUUGGGAGUUACGUAUCUAGUAACAUUUUCAAUUGUAGUAAUAUUGGGGUUAGGUAAUGUUUGUGAAAUUUGAUUGUUUUAUAUUUAUAUAUUUAUUUGUAUGAUGUUGUAAUUUUAUUGUUUGUUUCUGAUGUGCUUAGGUGUAACUGCAUGCCAAAUAAAAGUAUUACUACAUAGCAUUAAAUCAGUGUACUUAACAUAAGAAAAAAAAGGAAAUUGAGCAUACAAAAUAGCAUAACAGUUCACAUUUCUGAAUAGUCCUCCAAAUAUUGCUGGUGGUGGUAGCUCAUUCAAAAAUAAAAAGUCAGGAAAGUUCUUCAGACCAUUGUAUAAUUAAACUGAUGGAACAUAUACUACGUUUGAUCUUAGCCAAAAGUCUGAAAAUAAUUGUACAAUUGACAGAGAUGUGUUCUUCAAGGACAAGUCUUCUUGUAACUACAAAAAACAUAAUUUCCAUUUCUAAUAUUUUUCUAUUUGCUCAAAACCGUAUAAUUAAAAACAAAACAAAACACAAGCAUUUACAAAAUCCAAUGAAUUGUCCAGCACAACUUAAUGUUCCCAAGGUACUUUUAAAAGCAUUUUUUCUACAUAACAUGAACUAAUAUUACAUUUUGAGCACAUCUUCUCCAACUAAUAAUAAAAUCUAUUUUUUU